GGGAUGUGAGGUUUGUUUUAUGAAAAAAACGAUCAUGUUAUCUAAUAGUUGCGUAAUUCUUGUUCUAACAGGAGAGAAGGGGAGAAGGAUUCGGGAACUGACUUCUGUUGUCCAGAAACGCUUCAAGUUCCCCGAAAAUGGUGCGGAGUUAUAUGCCGAGAAAGUUAACAACAGGGGCCUCUGUGCCAUUGCUCAGGCGGAGUCUCUGCGGUACAAGCUCCUGGGAGGCCUGGCUGUUCGGAGGGCUUGCUAUGGUGUUCUGCGAUUUGUGAUGGAGAGUGGUGCCAAGGGAUGUGAGGUCGUUGUGAGUGGGAAGCUACGUGCUCAGCGAGCUAAAUCGAUGAAGUUUAAGGAUGGGUACAUGAUAUCCUCUGGACAACCUGUCAACGAGUAUAUCGACUCUGCCGUGAGGCAUGUUCUUCUAAGACAGGGCGGGCUUGGCAUCAAAGUCAAGAUCAUGCUUGACUGGGAUCCCAAGGGCAAACAAGGACCAAUGACUCCAUUGCCUGAUCUGGUGACUAUUCAUCCCCCGAAGGAAGAAGAGGAAUAUAUUCCACCGGUGCUGACCGCCAACAUCGAGAUUCCAGUUGCUUAAUCAACAGUCCUGAUCGUGUUAUUACCUCAGCAUGAUGUUUUGUCCUUACAGUACUGUAUGCCUCAUUGUAACUUUCUUAUAGCUUGCGCUACUGCUUACUUCUCCUAGAUUAUGCUACAAAUUUUGGUGGAGAUUUCUGCUUUACAUAAUUUGGCUAGAAGAUGUUUUCAGUAUCGUCCAAAAUAAUGCAGAGUAAACUAGUAAGUAGUACUGGCCCUUGUUGA